AGGAACAUGAACAAAGACAAUCAACCUUUACCAAUCAACCAUCGACAAAUUCGCAGAUCAUCCUCACCAAAGCCUCAACCUCAACACAUGGCUAUGUUUGGCACCUCAGUGUCCGCCCUCUGUCUGCUGUUCCUGCUAUCUGUAUGCACUGCCUGCUACAUCUCCAACUGCCCCAUAGGAGGCAAGAGAUCAGCCCUAGCUUUCCCAUCCAGAAAGUGCAUGUCAUGUGGCCCCGGGGACAGGGGUCGCUGCUUUGGCCCCAAUAUCUGCUGUGGGGAGGGGAUGGGCUGCUACGUGGGCUCGCCAGAGGCAGCUGGCUGCGUGGAGGAGAACUACCUGCCCUCCCCCUGUGAGGCCGGAGGAAGAGUGUGUGGCUCUGAGGAGGGACGUUGUGCUGCACCGGGGAUCUGCUGUGACGUGGAGGGUUGUAGUAUUGACCAAUCCUGUACUGAGGAGGAUGAAGCUGAAUACAUAAGCCAAUCAGUGAGCAGUAGCCAUGGCCAUGAUCUGCUGAUGAAGCUUCUGAACAUGAUUAGCCACACCCCUCCCCACAGAGUCCACAAAUAAAACAGCCUCUAAUUCAGUGGCAGUCCUGAGUUGAAAGACAGUGUAAAAAAUCUGUCACAUCUCAAUGUCAGAGGCAUACCUAUGUACAUACAUUUUGUACAGAAGACAGACAUAGAUGUAAAGGACUUGUUUUGCUUGUAACUGUUUGUGUAAUCGCUUGUGCUUCAAGAGUCAAAUAAAGCUUACUGUACAAAAACAACUGUCAGGAUAGUC